AUGAACAAUAUUCAUCACAAUCUCAGUUCUUCAUCUUCUUUCUGGUCCAUUUUCCUCCAUGUCAUUAUUCUUUAUUCCGUCACCCUUUUGCAGCCUACUACAAACACUCUUGUCACUGCAUUAGGCAGCAAUGAAACUGAUAAGUUGGGUUUGCUCAAGUUCAAGGAAUCGGUGGAUGAUCCGAACGGCGUCCUCAACUCGUGGAAUGACUCCGUCCACUUCUGCAACUGGCAUGGAAUUUCAUGCGGCAGCAAUGAAACUGAUAAGUUGGGUUUGCUCAAGUUCAAGGAAUCGGUGGAUGAUCCGAACGGCGUCCUCAACUCGUGGAAUGACUCCGUCCACUUCUGCAACUGGCAUGGAAUUUCAUGCGGCAAGAGGCAUCAGAGGAUCACAGGCUUGAACUUGGAGGGCUCCAACUUGCGAGGAACUAUCUCGCCUUACGUAGGCAACCUUAGCUUUCUAAGGCUCUUUAAUCUCGGAAACAACAUUUUCUCCGACGAAAUCCCAGCACAAGUUGGUCGUUUGUUGCGGUUGCAACGUCUCAAUCUCAGCCACAACAUGUUGGAAGGUAAUAUCCCAUUCAACUUGAGCUAUUGUUUGGACCUCAGAAUAUUAAGUCUCAGAAAUAACAAUCUUACUGGAAUGAUUCCGAUAGAGCUUGGCUCUUUGACAAAGCUCGUGGAACUUAAUCUUGAUUCGAACAGUCUCACAGGAGGCAUUCCAGCUUCCUUGGGGAACAUCUCAUCACUUAAUAUACUUUCUAUGCGGUUUAACAAGUUGGUGGGAAUUGUUCCACGUGAUUUAGGCAGAUUGAAAGGCUUGACAUAUUUCUCUAUAUCUGCUAAUAAUCUGUUUGGAACGAUCCCUUUAUCCCUUUACAAUAUGUCCUCCCUUGAAUAUUUCUUUAUUCCAUUUAACAAAUUUACUGGCACUCUCCCUUCUAACAUUGGCCAGAAACUCUAUAAUCUCCGAAGGUUCGUUGUUGGUGGUAAUCAAUUUUCUGGAAUAAUCCCAGAUUCCUUAUCCAAUGCGUCUCGGCUUCAAGUACUUGACAUUUCUGAGAAUAAAUUUGUUGGCCAAGUUCCAUCAAGUUUGGGAAAACUUCUAGAUCUUCAGUUGCUCGGUUUGAAUAAUAAUUAUUUAGGAAGUUAUUCAACCUGUAGCUUUGAUUUCAUAACUUCUUUAACCAACUGCAGCAACCUAAGAUUGUUAGACUUCAGUUACAACUCUUUUGGAGGUGUUUUACCCAAAUCUAUAGCCAAUUUGUCAACCCAACUCACAGACCUUUACCUUGGAUUGAAUCAAAUAUCUGGGAAUAUUCCUGCAACACUAGAAAAUCUUGUCAACUUAAUAAUUUUGAGCAUGGCAAAUAAUCUCUUGAAUGGGGUCAUUCCACCCUCUCUGGGAAAGUUGACAAAAUUACCCAAAUCUAUAGCCAAUUUGUCAACCCAACUCACAGACCUUUACCUUGGAUUGAAUCAAAUAUCUGGGAAUAUUCCUGCAACACUAGAAAAUCUUGUCAACUUAAUAAUUUUGAGCAUGGCAAAUAAUCUCUUGAAUGGGGUCAUUCCACCCUCUCUGGGAAAGUUGACAAAAUUGCAAGUGUUGGAGUUGGGAUCAAACACAUUAUCAGGAAAUAUUCCUUCAUCUAUAGGAAACCUAACUCAAAUAUACGAACUCACUUUAGAGCAUAACAAGUUACAAGGAAGUAUUCCUGCAAAUAUUGCAGGCCACCAAUAUCUGCAACAUCUCGACUUUUCUUACAAUGGCUUGAGUGGUGCUAUCCCCAAAGAAGUUUUUAGUUUUUCCUCCUUUAUCCAACUAGACCUCUCAAAAAACUCAUUUACUGGAAGCCUACCUGUGGAAGUGGGCAAUCUAAAAAGCGUAGGCCUGCUCGACCUCUCCGAAAACAAUCUCACUGGUGAAAUCCCAAAAACCAUUCAAGGUUGUGAGAGUCUAGAAUUCCUUUACCUGAGUGGGAAUUCCUUUCAAGGCACUUUGCCUUCUACUUUGGCAUCUCUAAGAGGUCUUCAGUGUUUGGAUCUUUCGAGGAAUAAUUUUACAGGACCAAUUCCAAAGGAUAUGGAGAAACUUACUGCAUUGUGGAGCUUGAAUCUUUCUUUCAAUGAUCUGGAGGGAGAAGUACCGAAAACAGGUGUUUUCCAGAACAUAAGUGCAAUAUCAAUAGUUGGAAAUACUAAACUUUGUGGUGGUGUUCCUGAGCUGCAGCUUCCAGCAUGUCCAAUCAAAGAAUCCAAAAGGAGAAAAAUCAAGGGUCGAAAACUAACAAUCGCCAUGGUUUGUAUAGCAGUGGUUCUCCUUCUAUUCUCGGUUUUGGCCAUUUACUAUCGGAGGAGGAUAAGGAAAUUGUCUCCUACACUCUCAACAAUCGAUUUUCUUUCAAAGGUUUCGUACAGAAGUCUUUAUGUGUAA